GCCGCCGCCGCCUCCGCCUCCUCGCUGCUCCGCUCGCCCUUUCGGCCCUUCGCUCGCCCCGUGGGAAGGCAGCCCCCUCCGCCCACCGCCAGCAUGUGUGAUAGGAAUGGCGGAAGGCGGCUCAGACAGUGGCUGAUUGAACAGAUUGACAGUAACAUGUACUCAGGACUGAUUUGGGAAAACGAUGAGAAAAGCAUGUUUCGCAUCCCUUGGAAACAUGCUGGCAAGCAGGAUUAUAACCAGGAGGUGGAUGCCUCCAUUUUCAAGGCAUGGGCAGUCUUUAAAGGGAAGUUUAAAGAAGGUGACAAAGCUGAGCCAGCGACUUGGAAGACGAGAUUACGCUGUGCUUUGAAUAAGAGCCCAGACUUUGAGGAGGUGACAGAUCGAUCCCAGUUGGACAUCUCUGAGCCAUACAAAGUUUACCGCAUAGUUCCAGAGGAAGAACAAAAAUGCAAAAUAGGAAUGGUGAACAGCAGCAGCGUGAAUGAAGUCACCGAAAUGGACUGCAACCGAUCUGAAAUAGAUGACUUAAUGAAAGAGCCCUCGGUAGAUGAAUAUCUUGGUAUAAUAAAGAGGAGUCCUUCCCCUCAGGAGACCUGUAGAAGCCAGCCAAUUCCACCAGACUGGUGGAUACAGCAGUCUAGUCAAGCCUUGCCCUUGGUGACUGGGUACUCUACAUAUGAACCUCAUCAUUCAGGCUAUUCCCAGAUGGUGAUCAGCUUUUAUUACGGAGGAAAGCUUGUGGGCCAUGCCACUACUACUUACCCCGAGGGCUGCCGGAUUUCCUUGAACCAGCCGCCCAUGCACAACGAGAAGAUGUACGGCCCAGAAAGCCUGGAGCACAUCAGAUUCCCCUCCGCGGAAGCCAUCCAAAAUGACCGUCAGAAGCAGGUCACCAAGAAACUCUUUGGCCACCUGGAGAGGGGAGUCCUAUUACACAGCAACAAGCAAGGCAUCUUCAUCAAGAGGCUGUGUCAGGGGCGGGUGUUCUGCAGUGGCAACUCGGUGAUGUAUAAAGACAGACCCAAUAAGCUGGAACGGGAUGAAGUUGUCAAGAUAUUUGACACAAACCUGUUUUUCAGAGAGCUCCAGCAAUUCUACAACAACCAAGGCCGAUUUCCCGAUGGCAGAGUGAUGCUGUGCUUUGGGGAAGAAUUUCCAGAUGUGACACCUUUACGCACUAAACUAAUUCUUGUACAGAUUGAGCAGCUGUAUGUGCGGCAGCUGGUGGAUGAUGCAGGCAAGAGUUGCGCUAAUGGCCAGAUGCUUCAGAUUUCUGAAGAGCCACAGCCCGACCAGAUGUUCAGGAUAUUUCAGGAUAUCUGUGGGACACACCAAAGACCCUUUUUCAGAGAAAACCAACAGAUCACCGUUUAAGUCUGUCUCCCCUUGAAGUCCUACAUCCCAUCCCAUUAUUACUCUUACAAUUAUUGUUAGACUUCACAGAGGAGAAUUCAUUGUUUUGGAAAGUUCUUUUGGACUUUGUCCUGCACUCUAUUCUGGGUAGUCUUCCCCUCCCUACCACCCAACACAAUUCCCAGGUUGCUCACCUUGUAAGAAUCAGGUACUCUGUGAAUCUUGAUAACAGAGUCCUUUAAACCAAUAUUUUCUACAAGGCUCCAUCUCGGUGGGGGGAGAGGAGCCCAUGUUGAGAUUCCAUAUUGAACAUUGCUACUGUGGACCCCAGGUUGUUUUAGGAGAGACGUAAUUGGGCAGGAAAAAGUUCUAGAAUUGGUGCUGGGACCACCCAGGGAGAUCCCUGUUAUAAAAUGCUAUUUUCCAAAGAGAAAAUACCUCAUAUUCUCUCUAACUGACAUUUUGAUGAGUUAGGGGAUGGUACCAUGAAGUUUAGAAAGACAACCAUGUUGAUGACAACUAAGAUAACCAAGAUGAAUGGAGAUGUAUCUGAGGAUAGUCUAAAAUGAGUGACCCCUUCAGUCUAGACUUCCCAGGAUAUAUAUUUGGAAUGACAAAAUCCAAAUGAUUUUAAGUCAGAGUGAAGCAGAAAAUUGCCAUUUAGCAAAUGUGACACUGGUAGGAUGAGGGACACCCACUGAAGCUCCAAAUUAAUAACAGAAGGCACUGUCUUCUGACAAAUUUAUGGGAUUUGUUGCCAAAGGGAGGUUUGCAGGCAGAAAAUAUCAGGAAGUUUGAGGACAGGUUCAUGGGGAGAAAGAUCCAUACGAGGUUCCCAGAGGGAAAGCUACAGAGAUAGAGGAGGGAAAAAAACAAAAGAUAUUGAGGUACAUCUGUAACCAUAGGUAACCAUUUCUAUCAUUCAUUCAAUCGUAUUUAUUGAUUGCUUACUGUGUGCAGAGCACUGUACUAAGUGCUUGGAAAGAACAAUUCAGCAGUUGAGAGACAAUCCCUGCCCACACCGGGCUUCAACACAUGGUUCAUCCAAACGUCCUGUUGUCACUGUUGGAGGCAGAAUCCUGGGCUGGCUGGACAUUGGUCUGAUCCAAGACUGCCAUUUCUUAUGUCAGUGGUGAUGGAUGCUUGGGGUAGGGAUUCCUGAGUUCCCCCUAUUCUCCUCUCAAAAAGGAGAGCCUGGCAGCUCUAUCUGUUCCCUUUCUGGAUCCCCCUUGGGCUAUCCUUUUUUUCUGUCUGGGAGGAGUAGACACAGGUUUGAGGUACAUUCUCUUAGGCUGGUGACUCCGGGGUGACUACCCGAUCUCUCUUGUGGAGUCUUGAAUUAAAAGGUUUAUUACCAAAGAGCAAAUGCCUCAUAUACUCUCUAACUCACUUUUUCUACUGACAUUUUUCCACAGGAGUUAGGGGAAGGUAUUAUGAAGUUUAGAAAAAUAUGUAGGACAUAUUUGUAUCUGUAAAUAUGUAUAUAAAAAUACACAUUUAAAUGAUGACAAAGGACAUUUAGUUUAUUAAAAUCCCAAACAUAUUUUUUUAAGUUUGUGGCUUUUCAGCUUAAAACCAUAUUUUCCAGCUAACUAAUGAUGAACAUGCUACAUAUUUAUUUUUAUGCCCAUUUAAAAAUGGUUUGCUCACUUUUUUCCCUGCAAAUAAAAGCUAUAUUUUUUAAUCA